GCGGGGUUGCGGGCGCACCGCGGCCGGGCAGCGCCUGGAGCCCGGCGUGGAGGCGGCAGGAGGGGCCGGGCAGCCCGGUUGAGCGGCGGCCGCAGCUGCAGCAGGACGGCCCGGGACCGCGCGCCGGGAACCUCGCGCGGCGGGCGGGCGCGGCACCCCCUGCCUUGCCGCCUGCGCCCCGGGGAGGCCGCCCGCGCGCUACGGGACCGGCAGCAUGAGCAGCGGCUACAGCAGCCUGGAGGAGGACGCCGAGGACUUCUUCUUCACCGCCAGGACCUCUUUCUUCAGGAGAGCGCCCCAGGGCAAGCCCCGCUCCGGCCAACAAGAUGUUGAGAAAGAGAAGGAAACCCACAGUUACCUCAGCAAAGAGGAGAUCAAAGAGAAAGUUCAUAAAUACAACUUAGCAGUCACAGACAAGUUGAAGAUGACCUUGAAUUCAAAUGGGAUUUACACUGGCUUCAUUAAAGUACAGAUGGAACUCUGCAAAUCUCCACAGACUUCUCCAAACUCUGGCAAACUCUCUCCCAGUAGCAAUGGCUGUAUGAACACACUUCAUAUCAGCAGCACAAACACUGUCGGGGAAGUGAUCGAGGCCCUGCUCAAAAAGUUUCUCGUGACUGAGAGCCCUGCCAAGUUUGCACUUUAUAAGCGUUGUCACAGGGAAGACCAAGUCUACGCCUGCAAGCUCUCAGACCGGGAACAUCCACUCUACCUGCGUUUGGUAGCAGGCCCCAGAACAGACACACUUAGUUUUGUUCUUCGUGAACAUGAAAUUGGAGAGUGGGAAGCCUUCAGCCUGCCAGAGCUCCAGAAUUUCUUGCGCAUCUUGGACAAGGAAGAAGAUGAGCAGCUGCAGAACCUGAAGAAGCGCUACGCAGCCUACAGACACAAGCUGGAAGAGGCCCUCCGUGAGGUGUGGAAGCCUGAUUAAAGCAGGGCUCCCUGUCCUCGAGGCCCCAUGUGGGACGGACCCACAGAACAGCACCAAGAGCCUCUCUUCUCAGAGGGCUGCUGUCUUGCCCCGGUAUGCUAGGGUCUUCCCCUUUUAAUCUGUAGAUUUUGUUCCCCAAAUCUGGUCACACAGCAUCCUGCACCUAGUGUCUCACGUAAGGGACUCUGCAAGCUUGUUGUUCAGCAUCGCAGUGUUACCUCUUGGCAAGCUGUGAACCUGUAGCCUCAUCAGGAGCAUUCGAGGGUGCUUGGAAGCAUGAACUCUGGGGUGUUUUUUUAAAUUUUCUUUUAGUUAUUUUAAUUAUGUGAUGCUGUUAAGCUUAUGGAUGUGCAGAUGAUUUUUUAAAAAGCUUAACUAGGAGUCUAUCUUUCUGAAUAUUUGUCCUGUUUUGAAACUACCUGUCUCUCUCUUUUUUUUUUUUUAAUGUCAGAGGAAUCGAUCCGUGUGAAUCAAAAGGCACAGGAAUCUAGGAACUCUGAGGAAUUUAUUGUGAAGGAUUUUGUUGGGGGUUGACAGAGAGGAAAGAGUAAGUUUGGAGAAGGUGUGUGGCGUGGUGGCGAGCGCUGUGGGCUGUGGAAGGUUACUUGGCUUUUCAGUUAGGUGUAGUGGAGAAAGGGGUAGUUGCUUAUAAACGAGUUAAACGCAUUCGGUGUUGAGAUGUUAAACCCAUUUUAGAAUCUCUUGGUUUCCUGGUGGGUAAAAUGUGGGAACAAAGCCAGAGGCAAAAGCUAGAACAGACAGAGGGACCGGAGACUCGGGCAGGUGGAGCCUGCCGUCCUGGGCAGACGUGGGCCUCACGCAGCUGGAACCGACCCGCUACUUCUGCCCCUUUGGAGUGGAAGGUCUCAUUGGUGUAGCUUCACUGCAUAGGCAGGACAGUCACCAUUCGCUAACUCUUGUUAAGUUACAUACAGUAUAUAGUUUCCCCCCCACAGGUGGUUUUCAAAGUGGAGAUGGAAUUUUGGUAGGGGUGGUUGUUUUUCCCUUGAUUGUUAGCUAGGAUAUUUAUCAAGUAAACUUUUGUGACAAUCACUCCCGUCCCUUUUAUUCCUCCUUUCCUUUUUCUUCCCUUUUUUCUCUCUCC